AUAUAAAAUAUUACCAUAAUUAAUUACAUGAUAUAUAAACCUAUAAUAUCUGUCACUAAAGUCCUCGAAAUGGCCCUUAUAGCUAGCUCUAGGUAGACAAUGUAUAUGUGUCGGCUGUACUUACCUGGGCAGAUACCUAGCUCGAUGGCCCCACUGUAAAGUUCGUGAAGCUUCGCGAAUGUUGGAGAUUGAAAGAGAAUCAAGCUUAGCCAACCUGCUCUACAAGACGAACCUUUCGAUUUCCAACAACCCUAGACAGCUUUAUCUUUUGAUUAUUUUGAAAACAAUCUUCGUCCAGAACGAAGUACAAAUUCUUUUGUAUCGCGAAAUUCACACUAGACGAAUAUCAUUCAAAAAGUAGCUGGCAACGAGUAAUCUGCAUACAACCUUGGUGGGGUUACAAAAAGCCAACUUUUCAACCUAAAGUACAAAUCAUCUCGCAAAACCACUUUAUCACACAGCCAAAUCACUUUAUCAAACACAUAACGUCCCAUCUCCCAGCGAAAGCAGUAAUAGCGAAAUGGGUGACAAAGGCCUGAACGACCUCCUAAGAUGGAGCAUCGAGAACUCAGCGACGGGUCCCGACGGGACGACCAACGCCCCGCCGCGCUCAACCUUGAAUCAAGAGGCUCUAGCCGCGAUGAUGGGCGGCCCGUCCGACGCCGACCUGAUGCGCGAGAGCAUGGCGGCCAUCACCUCGCCCGACCCGGAGAUCAGUCUCGAGUCCCGGCUGACAGCCUUCGACAACUUCGAGCAGCUCAUCGAGUCCCUCGACAACGCGAACCUGCUCUCGAAGCUAGGCCUCUGGACGCCGCUCCUCGAGUGUCUAGCGCACGACGAGGCGGAGAUGAGGCUCAUGGCGGCCUGGUGCGUCGGGACCGCGGUCCAGAACAACGAGCCCUCGCAGGAACGCCUCGUGGCGCUCGGCGGCAUCGAGAAGCUCGUGCAGAUGGCCGUCGGCAAGCGGUUGCCGGCGCCAUCUACGUCCGCAGAAGCGAUUAAUGGAGACAACAAGAAAGACGAAGAAGAGACGAAGAACGUCCGUCGAAAGGCCUUGUACGCUCUGAGCUCUGCCGUCCGCAAUUACCAGCCCGCCAUGGACGUGUGUGCCGCCGAGCUGAGACGACAGGGCCAUGGCGAGAACGCCGGCGAAGAGGGCAAGGCUAUCGAUGCUACGGAUAUGGAUGCCGUGGACACCGUUAUCGGCGGGUUGAGGGAGAAGGUCACGAAUGCAUGAUUUGAUUCGCGAUCAUAAGCGGACAUCGUCAUAUAUUGGGCUAUGUUAGGGACUCAAGUUGCCGAGUCAUGUCUAAAUAGGGAAACUAAGGGCAAGGUCAAUCGAAAUGGGUUGACUAUAUGAAUGAUGGUCUGGGAACUGCAUAUCUCGGCGUUGGUUAGGUGUCUUUUUGUACGUAAAUUGCAGAUCGAUAGAAAUGGCGAAAAUGGGUCGGAAUCAACAAAGCAUAUUGCCUUUAUGGAAGUUUGGCCAUC